UAUCUCCAUUACCAUUUCCUCUUCUGCUCUACAAACGCAACCUUCUCUUCUAUCAUAGCACCACCCUUCCCCUAGUACGCUUCCGUCACCACCAUCACUACUGGCGCCUUCACCACUUUCCUUCUAUUACCACCACCACCACCACCGUCACUGUUUCUUAUUUGCGGCAUCGCCGCCACCUUCUUUCUUUUCUAUACGACUAUUACCCCUCCCUCCCCCCUUUCAGUUUUCCUUACUGCAUUAUCACCUCCGCCACAGCCACUGUACUUGUAAGUAUAAUGUCAUUGCCAUGAGAAAUGGCAGGCAAAGAGCAUGUGUAGCGAACCUGAAAUAUGUUCGUUGCAGUAGUAAUUACCAAUUAAUUAAGAGUAACCAAUAAAGCAAAAAAAACAACAAAAAACUACGCACCCUAUCCUGCUGACACAUUUUUUACACAUGCGUAUACAUAAUAUAAAACAUAAAUAUUUACUUGAUCCUUGACUUCGGUGUGGAUAGAAACACAGCAGAUCUUGAUGUUCACAGAAAAAUUAUAUAAUUAAUUGAGAACAUAUUCAUAGUUGCAUAUAAAGAAAGAAGUACUCCAAUAUUUAGAGAAACAGUAUAUAAUUUUACACCUCCGUCUCCGCUUACACACACUUGUCGCUGUAUAUUUGGUUGUUUUUGAGUAGGCGCUUACAUUUCACACACACACACACACAUACGCACAUAUGUAUAUCCGUACUAGUAAUUCCUUUUGUUGUGCUUGAGUGUCCGUAAAACUUAAAACAUAUACAUUUCUAUCAAGGAACCGACAAGGAAUUGUGGAAGAAUGUUUAUCUGCGACAAGGAUAGUACCACGAUUUAAACUGCUGGGGAUUCUUACUGUGUCCAUAAUAUUUUUUUAAUAUUUAAAGAAGAAAGACUGGCAAAAAUACCAAAAUGGCAACUGGAGGUUACGAGUAUGCUAUGCCAUUUGGAAAUGACAAUGGUGCCUACUUAAAUGAGAUGAACCAGGGGGAGAGCGGCUAUGAGCUUAAUGAUGUUGGAUCAUCCCAGUUUUCACCCUCACCGUCAGACAGUUUCACAGAACAGUUGAUCCAGAACCUUCCCAGCAACAGACUCAUGACUGAACUUACAAAAGCAAAAGAGGGAACACUAAGAUCCAGAUCAACAGGUAGCACUAUGAGAAAACGAAAAACUUUCCGAUCAAAAUCUUUGAUGUAUAAAACUGUGAGGAUGCGACAAAAAGCAACCAGUGAGGACAUUCUGCAGAAGUUAGAAUCUGAUGAACUAAUAGACGAUGGAUACCUAACAAGUGAUGGCAAAGAAGCAUUAAACGCCAUGCCAGUGAAUCUAAGCAAUAAGCGAGAAGUCAUACAAAGUUUAACUGACACGAUAAGGUCAAAAGAAAAGACAUUGUCUGCUGAUGUAUGGCUUCGCUCAAAUGUACAAGGGUCAUGGAGUCGGUUCAAGAGACGUCUCAGGAACAUGUCCUACUACAUAGGUCUAUGGCAAUCAGCCAUAAAGAAAAUUGAGGGACUCUUUGGAAGCAGUGUCACCUCUUACUUCCUGUUUCUCAAGUGGCUGUUCCUCUUGAAUAUUUUUACCUUCUUUUUAAUGUUCUGUUUCCAAGUUCUUCCACAGUUGCUCUACCGAUUUCUACAAAUGACACCCAGUGGAUACAAAAACAACAGUGAAUUUGAAGCCGUAAACAUAUUUAAUGGCAAGGGCUGGAUGGCUGAUACAGAGUUGUUCUAUGGUUUCUACACUAAUGAGACUAUUUUCAUUUCUGAUGCAACAUACUUGAUGCCGUAUGCCUACUUCUACAGUGCCAUCGUGAAUUAUUUAUUCAUCUUAUGCGCAAUGUUUUACAGUAUUGCUCGGUCAUACAAGGAGAACUAUAUUGAAGCAACAACUGAAGACAAUUUUUACUUUGUUACAAAGAUGUUCACAAUAUGGGACUAUAGUGUGAUAUCGAGAGAUGCUGCAGCCCUGCGGCACAGGAGCAUCCAUAAUGAAAUCAAGGAAUAUCUCUCUGAGUUCAAAGAUUCCAAGAAGGAGAAGAAUUUUGAUCUUAAAAUGAAAAUUUUCCUUUUACGGCUGUUAAGUCAUAUUCUAGUUUUGGGCUUGAUCAGUGGCUGUGGAUAUGUUGUCUAUUAUCUCUCUACAUUUCUAAAAGAUAAAACUUCAAAUGAAAUCCUGCAGGAUUUUGGUGUGCCUGUAUUGAUGUCAGCUUCAAAUCUUCUUUUACCUUUAAUUUUUACGGCUAUAACCCACUUAGAGUCCUAUGAACUCCCACAGACCAAUUUGUAUGUGACAAUGGUGAGAACAAUGCUAUUAUCAAUCGUUAAUAUGGCAAUGCUGUGUUUAUACUGGUCAAUGAAAGUUAUAAGGAAUGGGAGUACACAGUGCUGGGAAACCUUCAUCAGCCAAGAAAUAUACCGCUUAGUGGUAGUUGAUUUCUUCUUCACCAUUCUCUACACUUUAGUCUUCGAGGUAACCUGGUUCGUUUUACAUUCUUGUCAAGCCUUAUCUGCAAGCCCAAAGUUCAAUAUUGCUACAACAACACUAGAUCUGGUUUAUUCACAAGCGCUUUGUUGGCUUGGUUUAUUCUAUGCUCCUUUGAUGCCAUUGUUAAUGGUCGUGAAAUUAUUUUUUAUAUUCCACAUUAAAUGGGCUAGUGUAAUAUGCUGUUGCAGUCCUUCUAAAAUGAUCUGGAGAGCCUCACGUACACAUACAAUCUUUCUGGGAGUAUUACUGCUGUAUUUUGUACUAACAGUUGUUGCAGUUGCUAUAAGUAUCUAUUACAACAAACCAAGUGUUGCAUGUGGACCAUUCAGCCAAAUGGAUACGGCCUACGAUCUUGUCUCUCUGAUGGUUGAGAAAUGGCAGUCUUCAAAUUUAUAUCUCAAGAAAAUCGUCAGGUUUAUUUCUCAACGAGGUUUUAUAUUUGUAGUCCUUAUUAUCUUCUGUGUCAUAGCAUAUUACAGUCAUAUUCUACUGACCAGCCAUCGCAAAAUGGUGAAGCUUCUUAAAUACCAGCUGGAUCUGGAAGGUAAGAACAAGCAGUUCUUGUUGACAUUGAUGAAGAAAGAAAGGCAAGCAGAUGAUGCAGAGUCAAGCAGAAGGAGAUAGGAAUAUAACUGUUACCAGUAGCAAAAUUGGUUUAUUGCUAAAUGUGCUGCAACUGGAAUAAAGUAGGAAGUGAUUAUGACACCUAGGACUUUGCAAGGAAAACCAAGCAAGAGUAUAACUUGUAAAUAUUAUUUAAAAAAAACAAGACAGCAAGAAAUCAGAGAUUCUGUUAAAAAAUAAGACUA